GUCUCAUUACGAAGCCAUUUACCAAGAUCGACGAGCAAUUAGCUAGCUAAGCUAGGGCAAACUGAAGUAAGAGGGGAUAGAUAGUGCCUACGAGUGUUAGCAAGAUGCCGAAAGAACCGAGGCGCAGCAACAAUCAGCGCCCCCUGCAUAUACCAACAAUAGGUAGGCGACAGCCUCCAAUCAUGCAGGAACAUAUUACCAAGGAACGCCCAACUCAUCAGAACAAUCCAGCAGGGUUGAAUGCCCCCACGUGGGGUGGAGUUGGCCAUCUUGGUAAUCCCCAAGCCCAAGUUCAUUCUACCAUUACAGCUCCAACCCAUCAACAUGAAAAAACUGGGAUGAAUUACGCAUCAAGGGGUGGAGUGGGCAAUCCUACCAACCAGCAGGAAAAUUCUACCAAGAUUGUCCCAAACCAUGAAAACAAUAUAGGGGUGAAUUACCCAUCAAGAGGUGGAGUGGGAAAUCCUUGCAACACGCAGGAUAAUUCUAGCAAGAUAGUCACAAACUAUGGAAACAUUACAGGAUUGAAUGUUCCAUCAAUGGGUGUUGUUAUCUUUCCUCACACCUUACAAGGUCAUGGUGCCAAUGUAGUCUCAACUCCCGAGAACAACACAACAACCGAUGCACCAAUCGUUGGAUCAGCAAACAGAGCUAUCCACAUGACCAGUGAAAAUCCUGCUGCUGAGAUACAAGCUCAAAUCGUCAAUGAGAUAGUGUCCUCAGGGUAGCCAUGAAGAGUGACUCAAGUUCAGUGAAGAAAGACGGAUGCAGGUGACAAUGUUGGUCCUACACGAAGUGCAAAUAAACGCAUAUAGGUGUCGCGUAUGAAUUGUAUACUCCUAUGCAUGUACUGCUCACAAGCAUGUGCUUAGUCAUUCGCAAAACAAAAAGGCAUGUGCUUAGUGAGCGUCAUUUGUUUGUAAUUUGUGCCUGUAAGCAUGUCACAGUAAGCAUGGGUUAACGAUGUAUACUUGGUAUAUGAAUAUUUAUAUA